AGGGGCGGCCAAAUGCGAUCACGUGACCCUGUCAACUAUACACAGCCCUCCCAUAGCCACGCGCGGUCUCGUCUCAUCAGCCGACUCACGCUUCGCUGGGUCCAACGCCAACACGCGACGGGCAACAGCUAUAACAAGCGCACAUGGCACACAACCUUCACUUCUGUCCGUAUCGUCACUGUUCACUCUAGAGGUUACACAUACGCCUGGCGUCGUCCCUACGAUUGUCAACUUUGGUGAUCUUGCCUCAUUCUCGGCUGACACGCGUAUCCAGAGACGAACGCGCAAACAUGCCGGCUGUCAAGUCUGGCAGCGCGACCUUCAAUGUGCCUGCGACCUACGAGGCCGCGAUGGCGUCAGAGGAAGCGCGAAGAGAGAGUUUCCAACGCAGCGCACCUCAUCGCUGGCCGCAUUUGGUGAACACAAGCAAAACAAAGUCCCAAGCGCCCCCAUAUCCUUCGCCGGAGGCUCUGGCGCGCGUCGGGCUCUUCUUUACCCCCGAAGAAAUUGCGAGCUCAUCCAAAGGCGCGCCUUCGCCGGGAAAAGACGCGUGCACGCACUACAUAUGCGGCACACGCGUUUUGGAUUGGCAACCGGGAGACGAUCCUCUCGAGCGCUUGCGGCAGCUCAAUCCCAAUUGUCCAUCUGUCCUCCUCGUCGAGAGUCGCGACAAGCAAGUCAAUGCUGGACAAUGGCGAAGCAUAGCAGCAGCGGCAGCAGUAGCAACCCCGUUGGUUCCAACGCGAGGCAAACGCGCUCUUGGCAGCGCCAGAAAAGGCGACACAGAGCUUCCGGCUGCGUUCUGGCCUGAUCCGCGAUUGCUGCCAACGAGCGAUACCAUGGUAGAAGCGCGUCGCUUGACUUUCGGCGCAGGGUGGCCGUAUGACCGGAAGAAGGGUUGGGGCCCAACCAGUGCCAAGAUUGCUGCUGCCGGAUUGCACUUUGAGCCAUGCGAGGAUGGAGAAGACAAUACACUAUGUGUGUACUGCGGACGAACCUUGGGUGGGUGGGAAAAGGGCGACGAUCCAGUAGAGGAGCAUUUACGCGGUGCGAAGGAUACGCCAUGUCCAUUCUUCUCGUGCAAGUACGUUCCGCCUGACAAGCUGGAUGGCCUACGCGCCCAUGUCUCUCAAGAAGAGGGGAAGGAAGACGUGGAAGAAGUUGAAGAAGUGGAAGGAGAAGGUGCUAGAGGUCGCGACGAAAACGUUGCGGUGGAAGACGCAGCGACUGAAUCAGCGUCAACGCGGACAGGACGCGGGCGCUCUCGGAGGGACGCUUCGACAAUAUCAGCUGCAGUGUCAUCCGAGUCAUCAAGUAGAGGCCAAGAGCGCAGCGCAUCUUCCCGUAGAACUACCACUCAGACAGCUUUGCGUCGAGAGGCUGUGGUUGCGAAUAGCGCUGCUGAAGAGCACGAAGAGUACAGCAAUGCGCAAGCGGAGGUACAUGCAGAGCAGAAUGCGGACGGGCCGGGAGGUAAAUAUGAACCGGAUCGCAAAGAUGAGCCAGUGCCCGCAAAGUGUGUGAACACAGUGGCCGUGGGCAAGCGCCAAGCAUCGAGGAAGACAAAGCCACAGGCGAGUAGCUCUGCACCAGCCGAACCCGCUGCCGAAGAGGACGCAGAUGCGGACGAAGACGUGAAGCAGGACGAGGCUGUGCCAGUGAAGACCAGCGAUAGCGCUUCACCUACCGCUUCCGACGCAAAACAGGCUUCGUCUCAGUCUUCACGCGGAGGAGCAAGGAAAAAGGCCGGGAUUGAAGCCGCACCGGUCCCGAUACGCGCCUCUUCUCGAGCAGCGAGCCGGGCCGCAAGCCAAGGAAUCAAAGCUAGCCUCGCAGAGGAGAAAGAGGCCGCCAUCACGCGUCCAAAGUAUCCAAUAACAACGCCAAAUGCCAGCUCUGACCCUGCCGCAGGUCCUGCCUCCGAAGCACCAUCUGCUGUUUCUAUGAAAAACACGAAGCCCAAGGACACAAAGAAGCUGCAAGUCAGCGACGCGGCUGGCGAUGGUUCCUUUAAUCAUACCGGAGCUGUCAUCUCGGAUGAGGACGCAAACGAGGAAGCGGACGGCACAGUCAUCGAGCACGAUGCAGAACCUCAAGCCACUACUCACACAGAGGGCGCCGAUCUGGAAGUAGCAGGAGGCAAGCACAAGGCUGCUUCUGUAAUCGGAAAAUCUCGUGCGGCCAAAUCCACUUCUAUGAAGACACAACAGGCCGCUUCAGUCACUAACGAUGAGAAACCCCAGCGGACGACAAGGGGUCGGCCGAAGCUUGCUCAGGGCAACGCUCAAACAUCCGUCGCCCCCGCAGUUGGCCAAGCAAAUGACGUAGAAUUACCAGACGCACAAGCUCAGCCCAACUCUACGUCCAGACGCACCACGAGGAGCCGUAUUAUCAGUAACUCAAGCAUUGUUGGCGCUGACAAGACGUCAAGUCUGUCCACUUCUAAGACUACACGCUCGCAGAAGGCUAGCAAGCGGCCAGCUGCUGGGAGCGAAGUCGGAGACAAGGCUGAGCAGAAAGAAGAAGAGCCAGAAACAGAAGAUGAGGCACCUGUCAAGCGACCCCUAGCACGAACACCUUCCGCGAAGUCAACAUCGUCAGCCAAGGAAACGGACGCUACGCGAAGCAUUGCCGCUGCUGCACUCGACAGCAAUGCGCCCGCAGCCACCGUUGCUCAGCACGAAGCCGAAUCAGAAUCCGCCAAGCCAUUGUCGGAGUCAUUAGCCGGGAAUGCCGAUAUGGCAGCUACAAGCACUGUGAGCGCCACCAGCAUGCUCACCAAUCCUUCAAGCGCCACUCUGCUACAAAGCCUCAAGGGGUUGCACAUCUCUGACGUUGAGUACAAGCUCAGCGUGCAGGGCUACCUGGAUCUGAUCAGCAAGAAUCAUUUGGCAGACAUGGAGAGCGAGGGAUUGCGGCGGAUUGCGGAGAUGAACGAGCAAUCUCAAGCCAGGCGGGCUGAACUCGAACGCGUGCUCAAGGGCCGGUAGGAUUUCUGGGCUUCAUGUUUCAACAUUGACAAGCAGCAAAGCACGCAACCCGGAAGAUUUAACAUGUCUGCAUUUGUACAAUACGCAAUCCAU